AUCACGCUCUUACACAAGCACCUUGUACUUCGACAUAUUGGAGUGUGUAACGCGCUUCAGCGAUUAUCGCCCCCUCCUUCAUUCCGGCUCGUUAGGUACAAUACCAAUUGCACUUCCCUGGUACCUAGUCCAGAUUCUAGUGCCUGAAAACAGGAGCUUGAAUACGAAUUAUGAGCUUCUCUAGCCACGAGGUUAACUAUCUAGUUUAUCGAUAUAUGAAGGAGUCUGGGUUUCAUCACUCCGCCUUUACAUUUGGAUAUGAAAGUAAUAUAAUUCGGGCAGACAUCAGUCCAGAGGACGUUGCAAAUGGUGCACUUAUCAAUAUAAUACAAAAGGGGAUGUUGUAUUCAGAGAUCGAGAAAGAAAUAAAAGAGGAUAGCGGGCAUAAGUGUGACUAUGAACCUGGAGUCCUCGUCAAAUCUCUCAAUAAGAUGCUGACCCAAUGUGGUACAGUGACUACAUCUAGCCCGCACCCGAAUCCUGCCUCAAAAAAAAAAGAGCUGUCAAAUGAGAGCAACGUGCCUGCACUUAGUCAGGCGUUAUCAUCCAAGUACGCGAGCGCUGCGCCUCUGAACGGAGAAAAACAGACAGCCCCCUCGUCCGGACCGGAACCGAAACCAUCGGCUGACUCCGCCAAAUCGCCAGCCGUCAGACGGUGGGACCUAGCCGGCCAUCAAUGCGAAGUUCUGAACUGUGUGUGGCACCCAACGGAAUCUAUGCUUGCGACAUGCUCAAGCGAUUCUACCGCUAAAAUCUGGAGACCAAACGAUUCGAAACUCGCCAUCUCACUCCUGCAUAAAAGAUCAAAAAACGAUGACUCAGAGCCUACCGAGUCAGAUAACUCUGCACUGGAAGACCAUGGAGAGGCCAAAAAAAAGUUCUGUCCAAAACCGUCCAUAACAGAUAGCUUUUUUUGUCACCCCAACAUCCGACUGACCGCCCUCUCCUGGAAUCCUGUCCAUGAUUGGCUCGCAACCGCAUCCUUCGACGGCACAGUAUACCUCUGGGAUGUCCCUAAAGCCCAAUUAAAGGCCAGAUUCCAGCAACAUCAUGGCCCUAUUUUCGUGUUACAAUGGAACGAAACAGGCACUGAACUCCUCUCAGGCGGCGCAGACGGAUUCAUUAUGUCACUCCGCUGCUCGCAAGACGAAACGACCAAAUACGCAUACGAUCAUCUACAGCGGCACCAGGGACCUAUUCUAGACAUUUCCUGGAAAAACCAUAAAGUCUUCGCUACAGCAGAUACACACGGACAAGCGUGCAUAUGGGACACUUGUCAAACUUGGCCCAAAUGUGUUUUGAUCAGUCACUCGAAUGCCAUCAAUUCUAUCCGGUGGAACGCCACCUCAGAAAGUCCUUACCUUCUCGCAUCUGCCAGUGACGAUCAAAAAGUCCAUCUCUGGCAAUAUUCAAUCAAAGAUAGCUCAUCUAAAAAAAAACACAAAAAAACACAAAAAAACACCUGUCCAGAACCAUCCACCGACCUUCUAUCCUUGCCUGAUGUCGCUCAAAAACCGGACAAUGCCUCCUCCGAGUCUUCUCCUACCGCCCCCGACGAUAUUCAGACCAUCCAGCCCUUUCUCACAUUCUCUGAACAUACAAAGCCUGUAUACGUCGUCCGAUGGGUACCCAAAACCGCCCCGGAAGACAUGCAAACUUGUCUGGUCAGUGGCGGGUGGGACGGUGCCGUCAAAAUGUGGGACGCUUCCUCCGAGAAGGCAAAAUCUUCUUGGACCAUGACUCAAAAAGAAGGACCCAUUCACUGUCUAGCAUUUUCGCCCAACGGACUCUGGCUCGCUACCAGCACGCUCUACCAACAUAUAUACAUCCUUUCUAUCAAAGACGGGUCCCUAUUCAAAACUCUAGAAAAAAACGGUAAGAUAUUAGACAUCUCCUGGUCGGCAAAUGGAGAACAGUUGGCCGCCUGUGGUUCAGACAAUCACAUCACCAUCUUUGAAAUAAAACCUUGAAGCAACUGUUUGA